CUAAUGGAUUUACCAGCUGAAGAAGAGUCUAAUUUGCAUAUAUAUCUCUGAUUUGGACUAUUAAAGUAAAAAAAACAGCCCAAAUCUACUCUUAUAACAAGCAACCAUAACGUGGAAGAACUGUCACAGUAGUCCGCACACCUCCAUCCUCUACUUCAUCAUGUACUCGAGUUAAAAAGGCAAAUAAAUUCAGCCUCAUAUUUUACAAUGAGCAAUUCAAAUCAAAAGACUUUGUUUCAGACAUGGGGCACAUCAGUUCCCAAACCACCUCCACACAAAGACCCCAAGAAAAAGCCAGCACCCAGGCGAAAAACCAACCCACACAGCGGACAGGUCAAUCCCAGGACAUCUGAGCUUCCAGCGCCUUCGCUUUGGACUAAGGUUGGUCAGGAACAUCCGGCCCAGCAGUCUUCCAAGCAGGAUGACAUGGACGACGACGAUGACCUGAUGCUCGUGGCAGUAUACGAAGCUGAGAAGUCUCUGGAAAGCAACCCAGAAAGUUCAGAUCCACCCAGCAACGUUUAUCCAUACAGUUCAGCAGAAGUUCUUCCAGGCUACGACAGCUCCUCGGGUCAAGUCUGGAUCUACCCGACCAACUACCCCAUCAGGGACUACCAGCUGAAGAUCUCAGAAGCCGCCUUGUUCCAGAACACGCUGGUCUGUCUGCCCACUGGCCUAGGAAAGACCUUCAUAGCGUCAGUGGUGAUGUAUAACUUCUACAGGUGGUAUCCCGCGGGAAGGAUCGUCUUCAUGGCUCCCACCAAGCCCCUCGUGGCGCAGCAGAUUGAAGCCUGCUACAAAGUGAUGGGCAUUCCUCAGCAGCACAUGGCUGAGCUGACAGGGAGCACUUCAGCACCACAGAGGAGGGAGCUGUGGCGAACCAGGCGGGUUUUCUUCCUCACGCCGCAGGUCAUGGUGAACGAUUUGUCCCGUAACACGUGUCCUGCCACUCAGAUCAAGUGCGUCGUUAUUGAUGAGGCUCACAAAGCGUCAGGAAAUCAUGCAUAUUGUCAGGUGGUUCGAGAACUCUGGAAUCAUACGAAGCAGUUCCGUGUCUUGGCUCUCAGCGCUACGCCUGGUGGAGACAUGAAGGCCGUCCAGCAGGUCAUCUCCAACCUGCUGAUCUCUCACAUAGAGCUGCGCUCAGAGGAGAGUCCAGAUGUUCAGGCUCACACACAUCAGCGCAGCUUGGAGAAGAUUGUCGUUCCUUUGGGAGAGUCGCUCACCGGAUACCAGUCUCGUUACUCACAGGUUCUGGAGAGGUUCACAGCCCGUCUGACUCAGGUGAGGGUGCUUCAGCAUCGAGACCUUCGCUCCCUCACAAAGUACCAGCUGAUUCUGGCUCGGGAUCAGUUCCGACGCAACCCUCCACCUCACGUCAAGGGGGCGCAGCAGGGUGCGCUGGAGGGGGAUUUCGCUCUCUGUAUAAGUCUGUGUCACGGCUUUGAGCUCCUGCAGCAGAUGGGCCUACGAUCGCUGUUCUUCUUCGCUCAGAACAUCAUGUCGGGCACUAAAGAGUACUCACGAGCCAGAAACGAGCUGCAGCGCUGUCCAGUCUUUAUGGACCUAUACAAGGCAAUGGAGACCAUGUUCCUCACCUCUACCAAGGGACCCGAGGAGCCGUAUUUUUACAGCCACCCAAAACUGGAGAAGCUGGACCAGGUGGUGCUGCAGCACUUCCGCACGUGGGCCGACAGCGCAGGUACUGCAGGCGGUUCUGCAGACCCCGACGACACGCUAAAAGGAGGAAGUACACGAGUGAUGAUUUUCUCGUCUUUCCGCGAGAGCGUUCAGGAAAUCGCCGAGAUGCUGAACCGCCACCAGCCUCUGGUCAGGGUCAUGACCUUCAUGGGUCAGGCGUCGGCCGGAAAAGGGGUGCGAGGCUUCACCCAGAAGGAACAGCUGGAGGUGGUGCGGAGGUUCCGAGAGGGCGGUUUCAACACCCUGGUGUCCACGUGCGUGGGCGAGGAGGGCCUCGACAUCGGCGACGUGGAUCUGAUCGUGUGCUUCGACGCCCAGAAAAGUCCCAUCCGCCUGGUGCAGAGAAUGGGCCGGACCGGGCGCCACAGGCAGGGAAGGAUAGUGGUCAUACUGGCUGAGGGACGCGAGGAGCGGACGUACAACCAGAGCCAGAGUAACAGGCGCAGCGUGAACAAAAGCAUCACCGGAAACAAGCACAGCUUCACCAUGUUCCCCCACAGUCCCCGCAUGCUGCCCGCCGGUUUCACCCCCACUCUACACAGGAUGCACAUCACCUGCGGCCAGUUCGAGUCCAAGGGCUCCGGCAGACGGUCCGGCAGUGGCCGACAGUCUCUCGCCGCGAGGAGGGUCUCGCUUCUCAAUCCUAUGGACCAAGCGGACGUUACGCAGGAGUGCGUGAAGGAAGACGGCUUUCUCAGCCCCGCCGAACACGCCGAAUGGUCCUCCAGCAUGAAGCUGGGCGAGAACGAACCUCAUCCGGUGCUCAGACCUUCACAUUUCCUGUCCCUCACAUCAGAACCACAACCACAGAACGUGUCCGAGCGAGGCCCAGUAAGAGAACUUUCCCUCUGGGAAUGGAGACACUGGCAGAAUCGGCCUUUUCCGACGCACAGGGUGGAUCACUCGGACCGCUGCCGCCACUUCACCGCCGUCAUGGAACUCAUCGACCAGAUGAAACUGGAGCAGGAGGGUCACUGCAGAUACGACUCAGAGGUCAUGCCAUACCUAAAAAAAGAGGACGUUGUUGGUUGUGACAAGGACGGCAGAUUGGCGAAACCAAGAUGUGAAAAAAAUCCAAAGAGAUCCAAACCCAAAUUCAACGCUCGAGACAUCAGGACUUGCGCCCCAAAAGCUAACUUGAAUCAAACGGACCAGUCGGCAUCUUCUUCAAGGACACUGGUAGAAGACAAGGACUUUUCCGAGACCGUCCCCGAUGUCAUGAUUAUAGAUGACGAGUUGUCCGAAGUACAACCUUCAAAGGAAGAAGCACAGAUACGAAGUCCUAUUAGAAAUCUUGACGUGACCCUUGACGUGUGUCAUGAACUUGAAGAAAUGUUCUAUUUACCCGAAUGGGGGGUCCGUUCCAAACCGCACGCGUUCGUAAAAUCAGAUGCAAAUCUGCAAACGAUCCUACGCAACGUCAGACUUCUCUUGUCAAGAUCUCCACCGAAGGACUUUGAUCUGCAUUGCUCGUUAAACAUCAAUCAUUCUACUUACCUUGAUGAGUCAAAGCAAGUCUGCAGAGCUCCAAGUGAAGAGGUCGAUCAAUAUCAGGUCAAUUUCAAUCUAGAAGAUGAAGAUUCAGUCGAUGGCGAGUCUUCGGACCCGAACGUAGAAGCAGUUCGUCCUAGAUCAGCUGCUGGUCCAGAAGUUCCUCUGGUGCCUAGUGUUGCAAAAGCGUCUCCUGAGUCCCAUCUGGAAUCGCCUGAUAGUCCAGAGGUUCUUCUGGAUCGUAAAAGGAUCAGAGGUCCUGCUGAGUUUCCAGGCAGUCCGAGAGUUCUUUUGGACCGUGCUAUGGCUCUAGCCUCCCCCGAGUCACUCAGUAUUCCAGAAGCUCUUCAGGAUUCAAGAUCUCCACCGAAGGACUUUGAUCUUCAUUGCUCGUUAAACAUCAAUCAUUCUACUUACCUUGAUGAGUCAAAGCAAGUCUGCAGAGCUGCAAGUGAAGAGGUCGAUCAAUAUCAGGUCAAUUUCAAUCUAGAAGAUGAAGAUUCAGUCGAUAGUGAGUCUUCGGACUCGAACACAGAAGCAGCUCGUCUUAGAUCAGCUGCUGGCCUAGAAGUUCCUCUGGUGCGUAGUGGUGCAGAGGUUCUUCUGGAACGAAACUUGAUCGGAGGUCCUCCAAGAGUUCCUUUAGACCGUUCCAUUGAAGUAGCUUUCUCAGAGUCACCCGAUAUUCCAGAAGCUCCUCAGGAUUCUAACAAGGCAAGAACGCUUGAAGUUUCGAGUCAUAACAAAUCACUGAAUUUGGAGGUUCCCCAACCUGAAGGUGUUCCUCAUAACAUGGAUUCUGCAGAUCUAGCAGGAGCUGACAACAGUCCAAGCUGGGAUGAGGUUUUUGAGGACCUUGAUGACCCCCCAGUUCAAAAAGUUGCUCAACCUCCAGAGUCUAAACACCAGUUCACCACCUUAGAUGAGAGUGUUGACUUGUUCGGUGAUGACGAGGCUUUCCUUCAGAUGUCUUUUCCAGACAUCGUGACUCCAAAGAAAGGUACUGAAAUGUCCAUCAACCGACCACAAAGUCAGCUGAAAAAACGGCUCAUACUUGCUCCACAAGACUCAUCAAGUAGUUUUAAAGUUCCGGCGUCUCCCAAGACCUUAAAGACACCCGGCCCGGUACAGAAACCGGCACCUGAGCAGAAUUCAGGCAGCUUUAAUUACUCUCAGGACAUCUUUUCUGUCAACUUUGACCUCGGUGUUUCUUUCGACUCGGAUGAAGAGCGAACCGUAGAUCAAGCUUCUGAAAUGCCAGCUAAAACGAUCCUGAACGAGUCUAGAGAAUCUUCCAACAGCUUCACUCUCGGACACGCGUCAACCCCCAGAGUCUGUCGAGCUGACGGGAACCCGCUGCAGUCCCUGAUGACCAGGACGAACCUCUCGCCCAUAGUUAACCUAGGUCCGAAGGUCCGGAGUCUCCGAGCGCAGGCGCACGGGUCGACCGACAGAUUGUGCCGGAGGUCCUUGAUCGAGACGGGAAAGACCGUUAAUGAAGAUCCUCCAAGUGCAGUAAACUUGAACAGCGACAGUGACGACGAACCGGUCGCCAGACAGAAGAAGCCUCAUGGCCGGAUCAACCCUCUCGCCUCACCAGAGCUUUCAAAAAUCAGUGACGUCGAGUCUCCUGUCCAAGGUCCUAGGAAGCGCAUCGCUCGCCUGAACAUGUCGGAGGAGAGCGACGGAGCUGGUCGGUCUGAUGACGAUUUCAAGGAAGAAUCUUUCUGUCGGCCCAGAGAACCUCAGCCGCGCCAACGCUCGAAUCCUCAAAAGAAAACGAAGUCCGGGCGCAGAAAUGCCAGGCAGUUCCUGGACGAGGAGGCGGAGCUUUCCGAAGAGGAAGGCUCGGUCUCGUCAGAUGAAGACGAUGGAGAGGAGCUGGAUCGGUCUCUGGAAGGCUUCGUGGUGAACAACACCCAGUUCUCUCAAGGCAUUAAUGAUUCCGAGAUGCACGGAAUUUAUCUGAAGUCUGUGAGGAGCCCGGUCGUCUCCAGCAGGUUCCGGAUGGUGCGUAAACCCGUCCACAACAUGAACGUCUUCUCACAGGUCCCCGAGCAGGACGAGACGUACGAAGAGGACAGCUUCGUGGUCCACGGCAGUGACGCAGAGGAAGACGACGAUGGCGACGGCGAUGGCGCCUCCGAAGCAGAGGUCAUCCCCGAGGACUCGUUCGUGGACGGUAGAAGACAGUACACCACCCGGCGCAGAGUCCAGCUCAGGGACACCCGGGCGGCUCGAGAGACGAGGGACCUCCAGUCCAGGAAGACCAAACGCUCCCGUAUAAUCCGAGUGCAAGACUCCAGCGAAGAGGAGCACGAGACGGAGGAGGAGAGGAGCAAGAGGAGGAAGAGGCAUCACGGAGAGGACGCGCUGGUUACAGAAGCUUCAGCGCUUCACCGGGAGGAGAGGAGCAGACAGAGGUUUAACAACCAAGCAGCCGUGUCUGAAGAGCUCGACUUUGAGGAGCCUCCGCCCUCGUCUUUGCUUAGGGCGCGGGCCUCCUGUGCUUCGUCUCCUCUGGAUCCCCCCCACGCUUCGGUCGGUGCCGGUACCGGUACCGUGCGCGUCCUAGUGGACAGUCGCUGCAUCAGCAGCGGCGCAGAAGUGGUCUCCUCUCUCCGCCUGAAGCACGCCGCAGAGGUGCACGUCUGCUCCCCGGUCAGCUGCGACUUCAUCGUGAGCGCCCGCAUGGCGGUCGAGUGGCAGAGCGAGUCCGAUCUCGCCAACCCCCAGGGUCGCAGGCGGCUGCAGGAGAGGACGCAGAGGCUGCAGGCUCUGUUCGACCGGGCGUGUCUCAUAGUGGAGAAGGACCGGACUAAGCCCGGUGGUGAGACGGCGCGACGCUUCCAGCGCAGCCGUUACUACGACGCCACCAUCGCGGCGCUGGUGAGAGCCGGGGUCAGACUGCUGGUCAGCUCGGGUCCGGACGACACCGCCGCCCUCCUGGCGCAGCUGGCCCAGCUGGAGCGACGGAAAGGACAGGGCAUCGACGUCCCUCUGGAGGUCAGAGGUCACCGGCAGCAGGCUCUGCAGUUCUACCUCACGCUGCCGUGCGUCAGCUACGUCAACGGCCUGCACAUGUGUCACGGGUUCAGCUCCGUGGCUCAGCUAGUCAACAGCGGGGUGGACGCACUGCAGGCGGGCGCACGCGUGAGCCGCGCCCGAGCCGAGGAGAUCUACCGCUGUCUGCGCUACUCCUGCGACACCGCGCUGCUGAAAAGCACCUCAAAGACUAGCGCCUGAGCGUCGCAUUAGCCCGCGCAGGUACAUGACGCACAGUCCAUGAGCUACGUGCUGCUUCCUUAUCGCACUUUAUAAUCGCACUUUCGACAUGAAUGCACUAGAUGGCCAAAAGUAUGUGGACACCUGAUCAUGAGCUGGUAAAACCAGCGUUUCUGUGGGCUUUCUGUCGCUCGUUAGAUUUUGGGGCGUGUCUGGUUUGUUCGGUGUGUCUGUGAGGUCAGGCAACCUGGCAGUGGGGGGGGGGGGGGGGGUUCUCGAACCAUCGACCUCUUGAUUACUAGUUUAGCAGACGAUUUUAUCCAAACCGACUCAUAGUACUGUGACAGCAUACUAUCUAAGCAAUUAAGGUUAAGGGCCUCGCUCAAGGGCCCAACAGUGGCACCCUGGUAGUGGUGGGGCUUGAACCAGUAACCUUUUGACUUACAGUACUGUGAUAGUAUACUGUCUAAGCAAUUGAGGAUGAAGGGCCUCGCUUAAGGGCCCAACAUUGACAACCUGGUAGUGGUGGGGCUCAAACCAGCGACCUUCUGAUUACUAGUUUAGCAGACGCUUUUAUCCAAACCGACUUACAGUACUGUGACAUUAUACUGUCUAAGCAAUUGAGAGUUAGGGGCCUCGCUCAAGGGCCCAACAGUGGCAACCUGUUAGAGGUGGGGCUCGAACCAACGACCUCUUGAUUACUAGUUUAGCAGACGCUUUUACCUAAAUUGUGACUACUGUCUAAGCAAUUGAGGGUUAAGGGCCUCGCUCAAGGGCCCAACAGUGGCAACCUGCCAGUGGUGGGGUUCAAACCAGCAACCUUUUGACUUACAGUACUGUGACAGUAUACUGUCUAAGCAAUUGGGGGUUAAGGGCCUUGCUUAAGGGCCCAACACUGACAACCUGGCAGUGGUGGGGCUUGAACCAGCGACCUCUUGAUUACUAAUUUAGCUGACGUUUUAUCCAAAUUGUGACAGUAUAUUGUCUAAGCAAUUAAGGGUUAAGGACCUCGCUCAAGGGCCCAACAGUGGCAACCUGGCUGUGGUGGGGCUCGAACCAGUAACCUUUUGACUUACAGUAGUGUGAUAGUAUACUGUAUAAGAUAUUGGGGUUAAGGGCCUCGCUUAAGGGCCUAACAGUGGCAACCUGUCAGUGGUGGGGCUUGAACCAGCGACCUUCUGAUUACUAGUUCAACAGAUGCUUUUAUCCAUAGCGACUUACAGUACUGUAAGAGUAUAUACUGUCUAAGGGCCUCGCUCAGGGGCCCAACAGUGGCAACCUGGCAGUCCAAUACCUUAACCACGAGGCUACAAGCGUGCUUUAAUGCAGUUGGGGUCCCAGUUCAGUGCAGGCCACUGGAGACAAUUCAAUGUACGCUAAGUAUGUUAUAAAAGAGGCGGGUGUCCAUAUUCUUUUGAUCAUGUAGUGAUAUUUGAUCAGGCGUAUUUACCUCAUCUGUGAAAUCUACUUGAAUCAUUUUGUGUUCUGUCUGUACGUGGACUGAAUAAUGAACCUUGUCAACUCAUAAUAAAUCAUUCAGAUUCCUAAAA